AAUUGCCAAUGGCAAUAGGUAAAAAGAUCAUAACGUUGAUUACAUGAGGUUAUUUUAUUUAAAACAAAGCAGAAGUGCAUUAAAAUAUCUAACUAAGCUGCAAAUAAACACAAAUAACAAGAAAUCCUUAUCUUAAGUCUACUAUAGUUCGAGUCACCAGUGUUUUAUUGUGGGAAACGAAGGAAGAAAACUUUGUAACAAAAUGCCACCACCACCAAAAAAGGCGCCUACAAAAGGUGCUAAGCAAAUCCUCAGUGAAAAUACAGCUACAGUUCUUUUCUACCGCAAUAUGGCCUUAGCUGCUAGUGCGUUUUACGGCAUUUUGACCGGCGCAUUGUACUACGAUCAACUCACUGGAUGGAUUAUUUUUCUGAACGUGUUUGUGUUGGUGAUUUACAUCGGGUGCUACCGCAUGAUGACAUACAUCAGCCGGCCGACUUACGGGGACAACAGCCAGCUCAUUGAUCCGGGCCUCGACUUGAACAUGGAGGGUGGGAUGGGAGAGCACGUGAAAGACAUAGUGAUCCUAACAUCCAUAACGCACGUGCUCGCCGUCGGGUCCAACUACUUCUGGCUGCUGUUGGUCCUGCUGCCGCUGCGAGCCUUCUGGCUCCUCUGGACCAACAUCCUCGGCCCCUGGUUCUUCCAAGAGGCGCCACAGGACACGGAACAGAGUGAAAAGAAACAGAAAAAGUUGGAAAGGAAAAUGAAGCGGUAUCAGCAAUAGUUUAGGUCCAGGACUCGCUAAG